AUGCUCCAUGCCAUGGGCUAUCCCGAAAUGACCAUGGACGAGCUAAGAGAAUACGCCAGCGCCAAAACACCAGAUAUCAACUGUCAAUGGGAGGCAGCUCUGUGCCAUGGCCAUGCAGAGAUCGAAGUUCCAGGCGUAGAGGUCACCACUGGUCCGUUGGGCCAGGACGGCUGUCUUCAAGGAGGUGUGGCCCAGGAGGAAAUGGCAAUUGCCGAUCAUCUGGGCCUCGACAACUGGAUUCCCUGUUACGAUAAUAACCAAGUGGCCUGCGACAGCCCUUUAUCGUGGACUGUUUCCAAAAACAUGAAUGCCAAAAUGCGUGCCCUGGGGUGGAAUGUUAUCGAUGUCUGGGACGGCGAUAAUGCGGUCGAAGAGAUUCUAGCUGCCAUGCGACUGGUUCAGAUGAAUACCCCCAAGAACCCAACCUUCACGAGGAUGCUGCUCGACUCGCCAAUGGCGAUGCAGACUCCGUCUCCCAUUGCUUAUCCCAGCAAACAAAGGACUUCAUCUUAA